AUGCAAGAAUACCACCCGUUCCCAAUAUACGAGCAUAUCAAGGGAGCAGUUCUCUACAAAGAUGACCCUUGGUCACCGACGCUGCUGCACCCCGCCGGCGACUGGAAGGACUGGGAGAAGGACAUAAAAGACGCAAGGCUGCCCUGUCCUAACUCGGGAGACCUGAAGACCCCCCCGGGGGGAGGGAACGCGGAGGUCUUGACCUUCGCCACGGACGGCACCAACCUCGACCUGUUCGCGCACUAUGCUGCCCCAUCCGAGCACGGAAAGCUCGAAUACCAGCAGUAUCCUGUCGAUUCGGCAGACCUCACCGGCUAG